UCUUCCUCCUCCCCUUUUUAUUUUGCUUCUCUCCUACAUGCACUCUCUCUUUCUUCUGUGUCUCAGUAUAAUUGGUUCAAAACCCCCAUAUAUCUCAUACAACCCCGCCCCUUAUUAUAUAUCUCUCUCAUAUUAAUCCCCAUCAAGAUAGUUAAAGCUCAGAACAAAGCAACAACAACAACAACCAAAAAAAAGAAAAGAGAUCACAGAGACAGAGAGAGAGAGCUUCGAUUCUCUCUUCAUCAUUUCUAUCAUGAGGAAACCUGCAGCGCCAGGUGAUAUUACCAAUAUGGGAAAGGACAAAGUAAACUGCAGCAACAACAGCCAGAAUAAAAACAACAACAUGAAGCUGAGGAAGGGCUUGUGGUCUCCUGAGGAAGACGAGAAGCUGAUGAGGUACAUGCUCACCAAUGGCCAGGGCUGUUGGAGUGACAUUGCCAGCAAUGCCGGCCUCCAGAGGUGUGGCAAGAGCUGUCGUCUCCGCUGGAUCAAUUACCUCAGGCCCGACCUCAAACGGGGCGCUUUCUCCCCCCAGGAGGAAGAGCUCAUCGUCCACUUGCACACCAUUCUCGGCAAUAGAUGGUCUCAAAUUGCUGCACGACUUCCUGGACGGACCGAUAAUGAGAUAAAGAACUUCUGGAACUCCACCUUGAAGAAGAGACUGAAAAUCAACUCCUUCACCUCAUCGCCGAAUGACAGUGAUUCAUCAGAUCCCAGGGACAAUGUUCUUGGAGGGAUCACGCCGGCAAUGCAGGAGCAUGACACCAUGACUGCAUGCAUGGACUCAUUGUCGCCUCCGUCGUCCUUGCAGUCAAUGCAGAACUUGUUCAUGGGAAACCAGCACGAUCCCUUAUUCCAUAUGCAAGGUAAUAACUGUUAUAAUUGCCAUGACGUCCUUGGUGGAGGAGCCGGGCUUUUUUAUUUCUCGCCACCGUGCAUAGCACAGGGAUCCGUUUUCGGAGAUGAUUAUCGUUAUGGGGAUUUUUUGAAUUCAAUUCCUGGAAAAAUGGAGAUAGGGUUGAGCGAAUUCUCCGUUGCUCCAUUUGGUAAUAGCUCUGGUGGCUCCGAGGACAUAAGUAUGAGUAAUUCAGCUGCAUUGAGUUGCAGCAUCAAUAGUACUACUGAUAAUUGCAAUGUGAGGAGUAACAAUGGAGGCUUCUUCUCCAAUGAUUAUUGCUUCAAUAACACUGCUGAGAGCUUGAAAAUGGAGGGGAUUUCCUUAGAGCUGAUUGGGAAUGAUCAUUUGCGGAGAGGACCAAACUUGAGAAUGGGAGAAUGGGACUUGGAGGGCUUGAUGGAUGAUAUAUCCUCAUUCCCUUUACUUGAUUUCUAAGUUCCUUGAUGAUCAUCAAUAUACAUACCAUAUAACACAUCAUUCUAGACCCCGGAAAAAAAAAAAAAAGGCAGCUAGGUCGGGUCUUCUCCCAGACCAAAUCAAUGGAUAAUUAGUGGAUCUGGCAAUGGUCGGACCAGCGAUCAGUGCGCGUCUGUUCCGUUGAUUCAUCUGAACUGGACUGGAUUUAGCAUCCGAGCAAGCUAGCUAGCUUAUAUCACCUCUACUCUUACAAGUCCAUAUAUGCUAGUUACUAGAGCUCCAAAUCUAGGGUAGUACUACCACACACCACGUCCGUCUUUUCUAUCCACAUUCUCCUUUUGAUCUCCAAGUUUUUAUUCCAUCAUCUUCGGGAAUAUCUUGUCAGAUUCAGAUGACACACAUAUCACAUACAGUUGUGGAAGUUUCCUAUGUGAGAUUCAUAGCUAGAUUUAUAAGUUUUGCAACAUUUGGAGGAUGAAAGUGUGAAAUAAGUGCCGGGGAGGGGGAUAAUGGAAAUUCUUGUACAUGCAUGUAUAUUUCGGUUCAAUUUUCGUUCUUCUGUGGGGUCGGUAUGGAGGGGCAUUUAUAGGAAGAAGAGUUUGGUGAGUGGUGAACAUGAUAUCUGCAGCGAGAUGAUGGUCGAUCGUUCCUGCGGAUGAGAGCAAAUGUGAAUACUUUGAUUCGGCAAAUAUACUCGGGAAUGGAAAUAAAUGUAUGUACAAGUAGUUGCAUGUGGAGAAGGAGGAGGAGAAGAAUAAAUGGGUCGACGAGGGAUUCAGAGAAUGUAAAGAAACAUAUAUUGAUCAUGUAAACUACAUGAAGCAUUUAAUAAGAAGCAAAACUCUUCUGUCUC